GUCCUUUAACUGUUCUCGAGCGACUAUUCCUGCUUGUUCUUCCUGUUCUUCCCAAGCUCGGUUUCGUUCUCUCCACUACUACAAUCAUUUCCUCUAGGUUUCGUCCACUAAUGGCUGUCGCGUCCUCCUCGGACGUCGCAAUACUUGCGCUGGGCGUGGUCCUAGCUGCUGCAUAUCUUUUUCGUGAUUCAAUAUUCUCUUCCUCGACGCCCAAAGCUGUCCCAGUUGCCCCUUCGAAACUUGCGAACGGCCAUGGAAAUCCACGAGAUUUUAUUGCUAAAAUGAAGGAAGGGAAAAAACGUCUCAUCAUAUUCUAUGGUUCGCAAACUGGUACUGCUGAGGAAUAUGCAAUCCGCAUUGCCAAAGAGGCAAAAACCAAGUUCGGACUCACAUCUCUUGUCUGCGACCCCGAGGAAUACGACUUUGAGAAUCUAGAUCAAGUCCCCGAGGACAGUUGUGUUAUUUUUGUCAUGGCUACCUAUGGCGAGGGUGAACCUACCGAUAACGCAGUUCAGCUCAUGGAAAACUUGACCGAUUCUGCAUUUGAGUUCAGUAACGGUCAACAUGGGCUCGAGGGCCUCAAAUAUGUUGUUUUUGGUUUGGGCAACAGGACUUACGAACACUACAAUGCCAUAGCACGUCAGGUAGAUGACGAGCUCACGAAAAUGGGCGCAGUCAGGAUCGGCGAGCGCGGUGAGGGAGAUGACGAUAAGAGCAUGGAAGAGGACUACCUAGAGUGGAAGGACAAUUUUUGGCCUGCAUUCGCUGAAGCUUUGGGUGUAGAGGAGGGUCAGGGUGGUGAUACCCCAGAUUUUGCUGUUACCGAAUUAGAAUCGCACCCUCCGGAAAAAGUAUAUCUUGGCGAACUUUCUGCACGUGCCCUUACAAAGACCAAAGGCAUCCAUGAUGCUAAGAACCCGUACGCCUCUCCGGUCAAGAUUUCUCGCGAACUUUUCCAAGUUGGUGGAGAUCGUAACUGCGUCCAUGUCGAGCUUGACAUUGAAGGUUCUGGAAUCACAUACCAACAUGGCGAUCACGUCGGCGUCUGGCCUCUCAACCCUGACGUUGAGGUUGACCGUCUCCUUUGUGCACUUGGACUCUACUCCAAGAAGGAUACCGUUAUAAACGUCGAUUCUCUCGACCCUGCUCUUGCCAAGGUUCCAUUCCCUGUCCCUUCAACCUAUAUCAGCGUCCUCCGCCAUUACAUUGACAUCAGUGCUGUCGCCGGUCGUCAGAUUCUUGGUGUUCUUGCCAAGUUUGCUCCCUCCCCUGAGGCCGAUGCGUUCAUGCGUAACCUCACCUCCAACAAGGAUGAGUAUGCAGCUGUUGUCGCGAAUGGAUGUUUAAAGCUUGGCGAAGUCCUUCAACUAGCUGCAGGCAAUGACAUAAAUGCCCACCCUACACCCCAGAAUACCACUGCCUGGGCUAUUCCCUUUGAUAUUGUCAUCUCAUCAAUUCCUCGUUUGCAACCUCGCUAUUACUCUAUCUCGAGCAGCCCCAAGCUUAACCCUACCUCCGUACACGUGACGGCUGUUGUUCUCAAAUACGAGUCCAUUGCGAACAAGCUCGUUGCUUCUCGUUGGGUACAUGGUGUUGGCUCAAACUUCUUGCUUAAUAUCAAACACGCCGCUAAUGGCGAGACCGCUGACGCUAGCGAAGGAAUUGAACAUAUAUCGCUGCCGGCGUAUGCCAUCGAAGGUCCCCGUGGGGCGCACAAGGCUGAGGAUGUUUACAAGAUUCCUGUCCACGUCCGUCGUUCUACGUUCAGGCUACCGACAAACCCCAAGAGCCCUGUCAUCAUGGUUGGGCCUGGCACUGGUGUUGCGCCAUUCCGAGGGUUCAUCCAAGAACGUGUUGCUCUUGCCCGCCGAACACUUGAGAAGAACGGCGAUGAUGCUCUGGCAGAUUGGGGUCAAAUCUCACUCUUCUAUGGUUGCCGUAAGUCAACUGAAGACUUCCUCUACAAAGACGAGUGGCCACAAUAUACUGCCGAGCUGAAGGGCAAGUUCACGAUGCACUGCGCAUUUUCGCGGGAGCCGCCAUACAAGCCUGAUGGUAGCAAGAUCUACGUGCAGGAUCUCAUUUGGGAUGACCGGAAAAAUAUCGCGGACGCCAUCCUGAAUGGGAAGGGAUAUGUAUACAUUUGUGGUGACGCCAAAGCGAUGAGUAAGGCAGUAGAAGAAGUUCUUGCGCGGAUUUUGGGCGAAGCGAAGGGUGGGAGUGAGGCGGAAGGCGCGGCUGAGAUCAAGCUGAUGAAAGAACGCUCACGGCUAAUGUUGGAUGUCUGGAGCUAAAGGAUAUCAUUGGUUUGGGUCAUUUAUUUGCCAGCUUAUGACACGUCAGCACGCCGUGACACGACACUGAUAUUAUAUUGCAAUAGAUUUAUGUAAACUGCACGAAUAUUUGUCGUUCCGUUGCAAUCUUCCUG